AUGCAAGUAUGCAAGCGAGCUCGGUGCGGCGACGCUGCUGCACGCCUGCACCGCCGGUUGCAACACCCUCCCCCCUUCACUCUCGGCUUCUCGUUCGCCAGUCGCCGCCGUCUUGCCGCUAGCCUGUCUCACCUCGCGGCCGGCAGCAUUGCGCGACGCGCCGCGCUACUUCACAUUCAAAAUUAUUCGCAACAUUGCAAAAACUCUCUUGCUUUUAAAAAGUUUGAAUGCACUCCUCGUUGCAUAUCCCGCGCGCGUCGUUAUGAGAACCCCGUAGUCGCGGUCACGUUGACGUCGCGCGGUGCCGCCAUAUCUGUCUCGAGAGAUUUCAUUUUCCUCCAAAAUUGCAAAAAUUACAAAAUAAGAAUGGCGGAAGGCAAUGGAGAAAUAUCUAUGGAAGAGGUCCCCGGUAGGGAUUCAGAUGUUUGCCCGACACCAGAUUACCGCAAACUCAUAGAAUAUGGCUUAGAUCCCAAGGUAGCAGCCAAGCUCGACGAUAUUUAUAAGACUGGAAAGCUAGCGCACGCAGAGUUGGACGAGCGUGCGUUAGACGCCUUAAAAGAAUUUCCAUCCGACGGUGCUUUAAGUGUUCUUGGACAAUUUUUAGAUUCAAAUCUUGAGCAUGUAUCAAAUAAAAGUGCUUAUUUAUGUGGAGUAAUGAAAACGUAUAGACAGAAAAGCCGAGCGGGCGUGCAGGGCGCUCCCGCAUUGGCUGCCACUGUUCAGGUGAAAGGCCCUGACGAAGAGAAAAUCAAACAAAUUCUCGCCCGAACCGGCUACACGUUAGACGUGACCACGGGGCAGCGUAAGUACGGUGGUCCACCGCCAGGGUGGGAAGGAGGCACGCCCGGCGCCGGCUGCGAAGUGUUCUGCGGCAAGAUCCCUAAGGAUAUGUACGAAGAUGAGCUUAUCCCGUUAUUCGAGCGCUGCGGUACCAUAUGGGACCUGCGACUAAUGAUGGAUCCGAUGACGGGAACCAAUAGGGGGUACGCCUUCGUAACGUUCACGACGCGCGAGGCAACGCAGCGCGCGGUACAAGAGCUCGAUAAUCACGAAAUAAAACCAGGGAAGACUCUGAGAAUUAAGAUUAGCGUACCGAAUCUUCGACUUUUCGUCGGCAACAUUCCCAAGUCUAAAGGCAAAGAGGAGAUACUGGAAGAGUUUGGUAAAUUAACAGCCGGACUGGUAGAAGUGAUAAUUUAUAGUUCGCCCGAUGACAAGAAGAAAAAUAGAGGAUUUUGUUUUCUCGAAUACGAGUCUCACAAAGCUGCGUCGUUGGCUAAGCGUCGACUUGGAACCGGUAGAAUAAAGGUAUGGGGCUGUGAUAUUAUAGUGGAUUGGGCCGACCCACAAGAGGAACCCGAUGAGCAGACUAUGAGCAAAGUGAAGGUGUUAUAUGUAAGGAACUUAACUCAAGAAAUCACAGAAGAGGCGCUGAAAGAAGAAUUUGAACGUUAUGGAACCGUUGAACGAGUGAAGAAGAUUAAGGAUUACGCUUUUGUGCACUUCGAGGAUCGAGAUUGCGCUGUUAAGGCAAUGCAAGAGUUAGACGGCAAGGAUAUGGGUGGAGCGCGGCUGGAGGUGUCGCUGGCGAAGCCUCCGUCUGAUAAGAAGAAGAAGGAAGAGAUACUCCGUGCCCGUGAACGUCGUAUGACGCAAAUGAUAUACGGACGGGGCGGAUUUGAUUGGUGCAGCUGCUCGCCAGUCCACGGCGCGCUGCGCGGACGCACGCCACAGCCCACGCCGCGCCCGCCGCAGGCCCGAGGCGACUACGAUUAUGAUUACGACUAUUACGGGUACGGGGAUUACCGAGGUGGCUACAAUGAGCCAUUUUACCGGUACGAUGAGUUCUAUUUUGAUUACGCGGGGCCACCACAACCGUCCGCCGUCCGCCAGCCUCCCAACAGAGCGCAACCGGUGGGUCCCACACACACUAACUAA